UAUGUUUAGAUAUGAAGAAGAAUUUAAAAACAUGUUAAUGUUAUAUAAGUUAAAAAGGGAAAUAUAUAGUGGUGGUGGAUCAUAUGAUUUAGAAGGAAAUUAGAAAAAGAUUGGAUAAUGGGUUGAAUUGGAUGAUUACUUUGAUUAUCUUAGAGGACUUGCGUACAAUGGUGAAUAUAAUAUAAAAGGUUUAAAAACAUGUAUUUGGCUGAAAAUGGAUAUAAAGUAUAAUAUAAAAAAGGAGAAAAGAAAUAUGAUGAUUGAAAAUAACAACACAUUCAUAUUUUAAAUCCUUUUAUUAUCAAAAUUUAUUAUAAUAUAUAAAGUAUAAAAAAAAAUACUUUUAAAUCUUUAUUUUAUAAUUCAAACAAUAAAAGAUUUUCAAGUAUUUUACAGUUUAUAAGAUAAAAAGAUUGAAUAGAAGUUAGUUCAGAAAAGCUAAUUGAUUAAUGUUUAUUAUGUAAAGAAGAUUGGAUUUAGGAUGAAUACUUCUACUAAAAUUGUAAUCCAAUUUGAUGAAAUAAUUAAUUUAAGGAUAGAACAAUAUAAUGAUGGAAAUAAAUUCCCUAUGACGUUUGUUUUAAUUCUAAAUUUCAGUGUAGUAAAUGUAAUAGAGAUUCCUCAAAUUGUUAAAUUGGUUAAUGUUUGA